AGGUGUUUCUGAAUACGGACUGAGAGCGCUGAGAGUCCUGUGGAGCGUGGCGCUGUAAUGGAGUACUUGGCAACCUGUGAGGAGCUGCAAGUAUAAUACCGAGGAAGAAGACGACGCAGCAUUGUUGUACAACACGCCAUGAGAGGAGAAGUGAUACUACUGGUGGCAGGACUGGCAGUUGUGGCUGCCCUCCCUGUGCUGAAGCAGGCGCCACCAUCCCCCAGUGAUUUACUUAAAAUUAUUCUCAGUUCUAACCCUGAGGAAAAUGACCUUGCACUGACAAGAGAUGACAAACCCUCUAUUGUGCCAACCAAAGUGGAGGAGCAGCCACAGCCACAAGACCUACAGGUAGAAUUACAGUCAGAGCCACAAAACCCUCCACAGACACAGCCACAGCUACAAGACUCAUCACAACCUCAGCCACAAGACCAAUCACAAGAGGAGCCACAGCCACAAGACCCACCACAAGAGGAGCCACAGCCACAGGAUCUACCACAAGAGGAGCCACAGCCACAUGACCCACCACAAGAGGAGCCACAGCCACAGGAUCUACCACAAGAGCAGCCCCAGCCACAAGACCCACCACAAGAAGAGUCACAGCCACAAGACCUACCAGAGCCUCAGCCACAUGUACAAGGUCCUGAGAUAGACUCAAGUGAGGGGCCUCAUGUAUCAGAAGGUGAGGUACCAGGUAAAGACUCAGAGCCUUCAGUAGUUGAAAUAAGGCCUGAGCCACCAUUCAUACAAGUGUAUCCACAAGAAGAAAAUCUCUCAUAUGAAUCUGAAGAACUUGAGCAAGAUGAAUUUAAUUCUGAUCAACAGAUGGAAACAUUCCCUGGUGAGACAGAUGAAGGAUAUGUGGUGUUGGAGGCGGAUGAGGAGCUUCUUUCCUUGGAUACAGAAGGUACAUUUGAGUAUGAGCAAAGGAUGAUCCCACUCCCAUUCAAUCAGGAGGAAGAGCCAUUCCUGCCCAACCCAGAAGAACCACAGAUGGAACCUGUUCCAUAUGAUUCUGAUGAAGAGGAAUUCUCUUUUGAGCCAAAGAUGGAUUCCUUUCCUUUUGAACAUGAAGAACUACCAAUGGAAGAUGUUUCAGUUCAAUCACAGGAGGAUUCAUUCCCUAAUGAUUCUGGAGAAUUUCUUGGGCCCAGUCUAGUGGAUUCUUUCCCAUUUAUUGAGGAGCCUCUGAAAUCAGAGUAUGAAGAAGUGCCACAUGAGAUGGAGGGACUUUUUAGGUCUGAUGACUAUGAUUCUGGAUCCCCUAUGAUGGGAGAACAACCAGACUAUGAUGAUGGAUUGAAUAUGAGGGAAGACCCACCACACUGGGGAAGAGAUAUGCCUUCAGUACAUGAUGAUGGUCCAGUUGAGGGAUUGUACCAUGAAUCACAAGAUGACAGUCCAGUGGACCUCUUCAGCUGGCUUGUCCCUGAUUAUUUUGAUGAGUCAUUAGACUAUGAUGAACCACCUUUUAUCACCAGCUAUCAUGAUGACAUGUCAGAAAAGGAUUCCUUUGAUGGUGAACCUGAGAUGCAGUCUGAGUCUCAAGAGCUGGACCAGAUUCCAUACUGGGAGGAACCUAAUUUUGCUGCUCAGACUUUUGAUGGCACAGUUAGUUCUGAUGACUCAUACUUGGAAGACAAACAUGAAGUGGUGGACAAUGAGAAUAUGGAGUCAAUUACAUUUGAGGGGACAGAGGAGGCUGCUGAUGAUGUACCAUUUGAGACAGAGGAUGGUGCUGGUGAUGUGUCAUUUGCUGACUUCUAUAUCCCAAUAAAUGAUGACCCAGCUUUCACAGAUAUCCCACAAGAAUAUCCUGAGAGCAGCAAUUCAGAGGAUGGAGGGGAGGAACUAGUUCCUCUCAAUGAGGAAGACUCAUUGAAUGAUGGACUUUUUCAUGUGGAACCAGAAAUGAAAACUUAUCUGGGUGAUGAAGAACAAGAUCAGCCAGAUACAGAAAUGUUUGGUGAUAUUCUGUUCCCUGAGUAUCCUCCAUUUAAGGAUGAAAGAUCUAGUUUGUUAUGGCCUGCUGAGAAUAGCAAUGAAGACCAAACAGAGUACCUGGGAGAAGACAUACCAGUUACCAUCUUGGAGAGCCAACCAACAUACAUUGCAGAUGUAGAGCCAGAGAUGAAUUACCCCUCUCUAUUAGACAUCUUGAAGAGGGAAAUUGUAAGAGAGGACCAGGUUGAGCCCUGGAGUGGUGCAAAAUCCAUAAUGAUGGAUGCUACAUCAAACUUGGAUGCAGAGGAUGACAAAAUUUCACCAUUGAGGAGAGAUUAUGUAUCAGAUAGCCUUGAAAAUGAUGCCAUGAAUAUCAUUGUUUUCAAAGAUACCAGAAAAAAUUUUGAUGACUUCCCCAUCACACCCAUGGUUGAUGACUAUGUCAACACUCACGAACCUCAAGAGCCUGUCAUCAAGUAUGCAGAGAACCAGCCCACAAAACCUUUUUGGGUGCCACAUGGGACUUCAGAUCAACUCUUCCCUAAAACCUAUUUUUCCAUCAGCGAUAAGCUCCUAAGAAGAAAAACUCCAGCAUUCUUUGACCACAUGGAUGAAGACAUGUCUUUUUCACGUCCUCUGCCCCGUCGCUCCCUGAAAACACCCAUCAUGAGGAACCCAUUUACCUUGCUAAAUGAAGUCUUGGAUGAUGAUCUGCCUCCUCAGUAUUUGCCAUCACCAAGCAUGUCACGCAGACUUGAAUUCAUGGGUCCUGAUACCUUCUCAUCACCAAGAAAUUAUCCUGAUGCAUUUAAAACCCCAAGGUUCUCAUUUCGUGAAUUGCUGCAACAACUGAAUCCUUCCUUCUAUGAUGAUACGUACAUGACAAAAUACAAUAAUUAUUCUCCUUUAUAUUCUUCACGAUCAUAUAAUUCAAUGCAACAAUAUGAUGAUCUUCCACAUCGGUUUUCAUACACAUCACCACCAGUGCCAUAUUCAGCACCUUUUAAGUCUUUCCAGGAACAUGACUAUUCAGGAGUUCAUAAUUACUAUGCCAAUGGACCACGAGUCUUUUCUUCCCACGCAUCCAACAACGCACCACUGAGUCUGUUCCGAGAAGACACCAUGUCAGAAAUGUAUCCUCAUCAACCAGUGAGGCAAUAUGAUGACUACACAGAUGAAUUUCCCUUCAUACCUGCGGACUCCUUCAGCAGCCCUCGUCCUCGAUUCCCCUUCUACCAAAGGCCCCAAUACUCAGCCAAGUCUCCUUACUCAUACAACAACUUUUAUGGCAAUGGUCCCUACCACCCAACACCCAUUUAUCCCAGAUAUGCUCCAGACUUUUACUAAUUUCAGUUUCCUUAAACUUUACUGAUAUUAACUUUCCAAAUGAGGUAAAAUAAAAAAAAAUAAAAAUACCUAAGAAUUCUAUGUAAAAUUAUAUUGUUAUGCAAGACUGAUUUGAGUAGUUACAUAACACAAGAAAAUAUGGAUAAACACUCAAUGAGGCAAUGAAAAUAUAUGAAAUGGAUAUCUGAAUAGGGUGUAUUAUUAUUUAGGUUAACAAUAUGAGGUAUGAUAACAUUCAUCAAUGAAAUGCAUGUUCACAACUCCAAAAUAUUCUUGAUAUUUUAAUCUUGAAGCUAAAUACAUCAACCAUUCUUUAUAAAUCUACACACACACACACACACACACGCACACAGGUGAUUGCAGCAAACAUGUUUAAAAAGAAACUGGAUAAAUAUGGAUAUGAAGACAGGACAAAAUAAACUUCGGCUUGUGCCCUGUACAAUACAAUUAAAAACACCCACACACACACACACACACACUCUCUCUCUCUGUUACAUGUUUUGUUUUCAUUUAAUCUUAACAGGAUCUAAGCAUGUGUUGGGUUGUCCAUACCUAUUCAUGAAAUAAAUCUGUGGUAAAUAAAUACCUAAAGGGGUAAUUUUUGAAAAAAAUAAAUAUGUACUGAUAAUAUCUAUUUCUUUGAUAUUGUGGCAUUCUAAUGAUAUAAAAAUUGUUUAAACCAA